AUGGUGCAAAGCGAUCCAGAUGAGAGGCUAAUAUAUUUGGCCUGUCAAAAUAUCUUCCGUGGCGCUUAUUCUCAGGUGAGAAAAUUAAAAACGGUCAAAGGAUUAAUUAGACAAAACGAACUUGCUCUCACCGAUAUUCUACGAGAGUAUGAUAUCAAUCGCACUAGCACCGUGGCCAAAAAGCUCCUGGAGAGCGAAGUUUUUGAUUCGACAUUGAAAGCUAGAAUUCGAUUCCCGGAGUUGUUCGAUGUAUCGCCUACCCAGAGCGCUGAGAGAGAGGCUUCUGAAGCCGAGGUAGCGAGAGACGAGGCCAACACUGUGAAGGAAAUAUCUGACAGGGAGGCUUCAAUAGGAAUGGCAAUCGUUUCUCAUACUGAGAUCAAAGACGAACGAACAUUCAAUGAUGAUCAGUUCAUUUUCGCAAAAUGUCUAGAGCAGGACACAGGCACAGCUGUAGCUGUCCGAUCUCUUGACGACUAUACAACAUUACUUGAAGAGAGCUGCUUCGAGUUUGCCCAGCAAAAUUUCCCUCAGCUCUUGGCAACAAAUGGUUGGGACUGUCCCGAGGCGGUCGAACUUACCGAAUGGACCAAGAUACUCGCUCGCCAGUCUCACCCGCUCAUAAAUAACCUAAAACCUCCCCUUGGCGAAUUCAUUGGCCUCCUUCAAGAACUUCGACAUUCUGCUGUGCACCGGCUUCGAAAGGCCGCAGCUGGUGUCGAGCGACUUGCUGAAAAUGCACAGCUUUUUUUGAUUGCCUUGGAAGAUUCAACUCGAUCAGAAAAGGUUGAAACUCUUCGGAGGGAGCUGCGAUCCGCAAUUGAAGAAAUGAAGCGCAACAAAGAUCUGCUGGAAAUGAGAUUGCUUGCACAACUCAAGGAGAUACAAAAGAAGCGGAGUGAAUGGAUGUUAGGGAAAGAAAUGCAAAGGCAGCAAUGA